AACACAUCUCAUCCACAACAAUCUUUGCUUAGAAAUCAACAUACAUUCCCCGAUUUGAAGUGCCUUUUGUGUUUUCUUGAUUCCUCGAUUUGAAAAUGGCGCAAUACCAGGGCAUCCACCCUACCGGGUCUGUCACCGAAGACUACGGCAACCCGGUGGGACGUAAGGACGAGUAUGGCAAUCCCAUUCACCACGGCGUGACCGGAGCAACUACCGGCCAUGGCGUUCAUGACACCACUCACGUCACCGGAACCGGAUAUGGUACUCAAGGCACUGGGACUGCACCCACUGGUUUUGGUGGUAAAGCUCCGGGUGGUCACGGCGUCAUUACUCGCUCCGGUAGUGGCAGCAGCUCUAGCUCUUCUGAGGAUGAUGGCUGUGGUGGAAGGAGGAAGAAGGGUUUGAAGGACAAGAUCAAGAAGAAGCUUCCAGGUGGUACCCACAAGACCGAUGAUCCCUACGGCACAACUCCGAACACCGGUGGACAGCACCCGGAGCCGGGCAUGAUGGACAAAAUCAAGCAGAAGAUCCCAGCAGGUGGUCACAAGGAGGAUCCCUACAGCACUACUCAUAACACCACUACUACACCGGGUUACGGCGUCGCGGGGGAGCACCAUGAGAAGCCGGGCAUGAUGGGCAAGGUCCAGGAGAAGCUUCCGGGGGGUCACAAGGAGGAUCCCUACAGCACUAAUAACACCACUACUACACCGGGUUACGGCGUCGCGGGGGAGCACCAUGAGAAGCCGGGCAUGAUGGGCAAGGUCCAGGAGAAACUUCCGGGGGGUCACAAGGAGGAUCCCUACAGCACUACUCAUAACACCACUACUACACCGGGUUACGGCGUCGCGGGGGAGCACCAUGAGAAGCCGGGCAUGAUGGGCAAGGUCCAGGAGAAGCUUCCGGGGGGUCACAAGGAAGAUCCUUACAACACUACUCACACCACCACCACUGCUGCACCGGCUUACGGUACAACUGCAACAGGAGAGCACCAGGAGAAAGGGAUCAUGGACAAGAUCAAGGAGAAGCUCCCCGGUGGACACAGCACUACUCGAUGAACUUAUUAGUUUGUAAUUAAACGGCUGUGGGUGGAUGCUCGUUUGUAAUUUGUAGGUCAUGAUACGCACACUUGGGGUUCAUAAGCGUAUGUAUGCCGUGUUGUAGUUGCAAACGAGUACUACUGUUUAGCAGCUAGUGUGGUUUAAUUUGUACGUAUAAUAAUAACAAGUGCCUGGUGUGAUUAGCUUACCAUGCAUGUUUGUACGUGUACGUAUAAUGCGGGUGCGUACUGUGUGCGGUUGUUGUAUCAUGUAAUCUGUACCUUUUUUAUGUUUUGAGGUGUACGUAUUGUGUUUUAUCAAUAUAUAUAAAGAAUCUUCUUAUAUUUA